AUGUAUAACCUGAGUAGCUAUGACACAAGUGACUUUACCUUUUUGGGCAUCCCUGGCCUUGAACAGUACCAUGUCUGGAUCAGCAUCCCCUUCUGCAUUAUCUAUCUCGUGGCCAUUGUGGGCAACAGUAUCCUUCUCUACCUCAUUGCUGUGGAGAGGAGUCUUCAUGCACCCAUGUUCUUUUUCCUUUCCAUACUAGCCAUGACAGAUCAGAUAUUGUCUACCACAUGUGUCCCCAAAACCCUUGCCAUCUUCUGGUUUGGUCCCCAGAAAAUCAGUUUUCCUGGUUGCCUCACCCAGUUAUUCUUUCUGCACUACAACUUUGCCCUGGACUCAGCUAUACUCCUGGCCAUGGCAUUUGACCGCCACGUGGCUAUCUGCUCCCCCCUGAGAUACACCACUAUUCUGACCCCCGAGACCAUCAUCAAGAUUGCAGUGGGCAUCUCCUUUCGAAGCUUCAGCAUCAUCCUGCCAGUUGUAUUGCUGCUCAUACGUCUCCCUUUCUGCAGGACACACAUCAUCCCUCACACAUACUGUGAGCACAUAGGUGUCCGGCUCGCCUGUGCUGACAUCUCUGUCAACAUCUGGUAUGGCUUUUGUGUUCCCAUCAUGACGGUCAUCUCAGAUGUGAUUCUCAUUGCUGUCUCCUACCCCCUCAUCCUCUGUGCGGUCUCCCACCUCCCCUCCUGGGAUGCCCGCCAGAAGGCCCUUGGCACCUGUGGUUCCCAUGUCUGUGUCAUUUUCAUAUUUUAUACACCUGCCUUUUUCUCCAUCCUUGCGUAUCGCUUUGGACACAAUGUUCGCACUUUCCACAUCAUGUUUGCCAACUUCUACAUUGUUAUCCCACCUGCACUCAACCCCAUUGUCUAUGGAGUGAAGAGCAAGCAGAUCAGAGGUAAGGUCAUACUUUUAUUUUCUACCAAGUGUUCAGAAUAA